CGAGCAACAUCUAAACAAAGGCCUGCCCCUUUUCAUGAGGGUUUCUCCACCGCCAUCGUUACUUUACGUGUAAUCACGAUUACUAAAUCGGAUUACGAUACUUUUAUCAUAUUUCGAGACGUGGGUAAGAGCAGAGGACGCGUCUGAGAUGGAAGUGGAUCACCAUGAGCCCAGCGGCGAGACCAAAUCGGCCAUGCAUUCUUGGCGUUAUCGCCACCAUUUCACGUACAAGGCAGAUCAAGGAAAAAAUAUCAUCGUCCAGUGUAAUCUGUGUCUGCCGAGGGUUAAUCUGCUGUCCACGUCGAAAACCUCCACAUCAAACCUAAAGAAGCAUUUAGACAGAACACACUUGGGCUGUGAAGCCAGUCCUGACGCCAAGAGGGGGAGGAAGAAAGAGGAGCACAACGGUGAAGAGAGCAGGCACUGCCAACUCAAAAAGCUGAAAGCAGAAAUCAUCUCUAAAUGCAUGACCCAGGCAAAGAUCGACGACCUAAUCUUCAGUUUCAUUGUGGAAGAUUGCCAGUCAUUUUAUGUGCUUGAGCAGCCCGGCUUCAAGAAGCUGAUUGCAGGCUUAACUGAGGGGCUGAAGUCCAUGGACCGGGUGACCUUGUUCACAAAGGUGGACCAGGGCUUCUCUAGGAUGCGGGAGGAACUUAUGGCCAAGUUCAGCAACAUCCAGUAUGUAUGCACCACAGCUGACAUCUGGACGGCCAACAACAGGAGCUUCUUUGGGAUGACCUGUCACUGGAUCGAUGGGGAUUCUUUGGAGAGGAAAUCUGCCGCUCUGGGGUUUGCACGGCUGCAGGGUAGGAUCACAUAUGACGUCAUUGCUGGACGAAUACAUGACAUCCACGUGGCAUAUAAUAUCGAAAGCAAAGUCCAGACCACAGUUACUGACAAUGGCAGCCCCUUUAUCAGCGUAUUUAAAGAGUUUGCCAUGGAUAGCCAAGACAGUGAUGAUGACAUUGGUUUCUAUGAGAAUGUGAGCACCAUCCUGGAGGGCGAGCCUGAGCAGGACAUGCUGCUCUUUCUGCCACCUCUGCAACGCUGUGCAUCACACACCCUGGAGCAGAUUGUCUCUGAGGACUUUUGGCAGGCUGUGUCACAGGGGCCCAUGUGUCAGCUGCAUUUUAGCACAAUGGCCAAGGUGUUUGCCAUAUGGAACAAAUGUCACCAUCUCCAGGUGGGUAUGGAUGCAGCAGAGGAGAUAGGAAAGAUGGCCCUUGUUGUCCCGACAAUCACUCGCUGGAAUGUGGAGUUCUGUGCCGUGCAGAAGAUUGUCUCUCUCACUGAGCGGGAACUCACAGAGCUGUGUGCCCGCCUGGAGGUCCCACGCCUGCAGUCAGAGGAGAUGGCCUUUCUCAAAGAAUAUGUGACUGUGUUCCACCCGCUCGCUUUUGCACUUGAACUUUUCCAAGCGGAGCAGAAAUGUUACUUGGGUCUGGUCAUCCCGACCGUGCUCAGUCUAAAGAACAAGUUAAAGGAGCAGAAAGAUGCGGCAAAUUACUUUGGGGAUGUCAUCAGUGCCAUUGUCGUGGCUAUUGAUGUGCGGUUCCAGGAGUUGUUUGCGAGCACAGAAGCAAAGAUUGCGACAGCCACCACUCCUCAGUUCCGCUUGUGGUGGAUGGCUGCAUCCGAGAGGGAGGAAAUGUGCUCCCUGCUGGCUACAGAGGCGUCUCAGAUGGAUCCGUGUAACGUCGACGAGGCAAACACCAGCCGCAAUCUGUCCACCAUUGAAUCGGAGGACGACUUCUUCAGCUACGGCUCGGUGAAGCCUUCGACGCAGAUCCAGCAGCGAGGAGUGACGGAAGAGAUCCGCAAGUACAUUGGAGGAACGGGAAAGAGCCUCGAGUGCCUGCAGGACUUUCCGCGAGUGAAGCAGCUUUUUCUUAAAUAUAACACCACCCUGCCAUCCACAGCCCCUGUCCAGCGCCUCUUUAGCCAAAAAGGAAACCUGGUCACGUCACAGAGGAACUUUCUGACAGAUGACUACUUUGAGCGCCUUCAACUUUUGAGAUACAACAGCAACGUGUGCUCUUUGACCACAGAGUGAUUAUAUUGCCAGUGACAUAAUUUCACUCUCUGUAUCAGCCUAUUGAUUGAUGCAGAAUCAGACCACAGUGAGCUUGAAUCAGUACAGAAAUUAGUUAAUAUGUAAUUUCAGACAGCAUAGACCAGAUGUGUUUUCUAUAAUUACCUUUGCCUGUUUUUAUAAGCAUAGCUUAUGUCUCACUCCAGAAUGGCCUCAUAAAAGUAUUUAAUUGACAAUCAUGGACAGUGACAUUCAUGGACUUAAUGUUCUGACAGAAGCAUCUUUUUAUCUUUUUUGUGCGCUAUUGUCGUGAUUUGAAGUAGCCACAGGGUUAAACUGAAGUGAUUUUGUCUUUCAGUUCAGUGAUUCUUUUUCCUUCUUUUUUUUCUACAGCUAUCCAAUGACAGUGCAUCUCAUGUGUGUAUGUUUUAUAUGAAAUAUAAAGAGACGAGGAAAGAGCA